GGUGGGGCGCUCUCUGACAAUCUCUCUCUCUCUCUCUCUCACUCACACACACGCACGCACACACACACGCACACUCACUCACUCACACACGGAGCAUCCUCCGUCAGGUCUCCUGGCCCAGCCCCGCCCGCUCCUCCCGCUUCCUGCAAACCCUCUGCUCCCCCUCACGCCCCCUCCACGCGCUCCAGGACCCUCCUCGCCGACCCCACCCCCACUCCCGGGAUGGAGCGGACCGAGCCAGCCCGGAGCCCCCCGCAUCCGGGGUGACGGUCCUCCGCCCUCUCGCGCCUGGUCCCCCCGCCCCGAGCACCAUGGGCCUGAGGGGUUCCCGAGGCGCUGGACGCUGAAGAUGACUGAUGCUGGAGCUCUCUUGAGUCAUGGCUUCUUCAAAGCUCCGAGAACCCACAGAUGAGGUUUUUGACCUAGACUUGGCUGUGCCAGAGACCGUCAGACUGGACAGCAGUCUACACAAGGCCCGGGCCCAACUACUGGCCAAGGGGCGGAGACACCGGCCCUCCCGCUCGAGGCUUCGGGACAGUGCCAGCUCCGCAGAGGACGGUGAAGGCUCUGAUGGGCCCGGAGGCAAGGUGACCGAGGGCUGCGGGAGCCCCCUGCACCGGCUGCGCUCGCCUCUGCACUCCGGCCCCGGGUCCCCUGCCGGGGGCUCUUUCUGCCUGGAACCUCCGGGGUUGCGGCGCAGCUUGGACGAGGACGAGCCGCCGCCCUCACCUCUCACGCGCUACCGGCCUCUGCACAACGCCGCUUCGCACGAGGGCUUGGCCGCGGCCUCGUCUCCACCACGCUCCGCGCCCUCCUCCGACAGCUCGCCCAGCUUCGUGCGCCGCUACCCGCGCGCUGAGCCGCACAGCGAAGAUGACAGCCGGGAUGCCAGCCCGCCGGAGCCUGCCAGCCCCACCAUCGGCCUGGAUAAGAAGACUCGCCGGAAGUUCCUGGACCUGGGGGUCACCUUACGCCGAGCCUCCACUAGCAAGACCAGGAAGGAGAAGGGCAGCAACCGCCUGUCCAUGGGCAGCAGGGAGUCGGUGGAGGGGUCCAGCAGGGCAGGAGGCUCCCCGUUCCUGCCCUUUUCCUGGUUCACAGACAGUGGCAAGGGCUCGGCAUCCUCUGGUAGCACCAUUUCCCCUGCCUGCUCCCCUAAACACGAGGGCUUCAGCCCUAAGAAGUCAGCUUCUCAGGAAUCCACCCUGAGUGAUGACUCCACACCCCCUAGCAGCAGCCCCAAGAUCCCAAGUGGUCCCCGGCAGGAGGCCAAGUGUUCCUACCCCUACCACACGCUGUCCCAGUCUUCGGAUGAGUUCCUUGAUGAACCUCUCCCUGCCGUUCACCACUGGACCAGUCAGCAGGUGGGCCAGUGGCUGCACAGCCUCAACCUGGAGCAGUAUGCUGCUGAGUUUGCUGCGCGGCAGGUGGACGGGCCGCAGCUACUGCAGCUGGAUGGAAGCAAACUGAAGAGUCUGGGGCUCAGCAACGCGCAUGACAGGGCGCGAGUGAAGCGGAAGUUGAAGGAGCUGGCAGCGGCUGCUGAGAAGGAGCGCAAGGCCCAGGAGAAGGCUGCACGGCAGCGUGAGAAGCUUCGGCGCAGGGAACAGGACACCAAGAAGAGCUAGGGGGGCAGGGACAGGCACUGGCACCCAGGCAUGGGCGGCCAGCUCACUGGGCACAGGCCUCACCAGGAGGCAGGCCGUGCCCACAUUCUCAGGGGGUACACACACCCUCUCUCACCCUGUCACGCUGUCUGGGCCCAGAUCCCCCAGGAAGGGAAACCCAGGGAGAGGGGCCAGUAAUAAAUCCAAUUUCAAGGA